AUGGCUGCGACGCCGCUGCCGCUGUUUGACGAGCUCCUCGAGGAGGUCCUCCUCCGCAUCUCACCGGACAACCCCGCCAGCCUCCUCCACGCGGCGCUCGUCUGCAAGCGGUGGGGCCGCCUCGUCUCCGGUCGCGGCUUCCGCCGCCGGUUCAGGGACUUCCACCGCACGGCCCCCAUGCUGGGCGCCAUCGUCAACAUCGACGGCUUCGUCCCCACGUCCUCCUUCCGGUGCCAGGUCCCCGCCAAGCCCCGCACAGAAUGUAUGGUGCUCGACGCCUGCCACGGCCGCGUCCUCUUCCACAACGUACUCCAUUGGACCGACGAGACAUGGGAUCCAACCCUCUACGUCUGGGACCCCAUCACCGACAAGAAGCUGGAGCUGCCCAGGCUGCCGCGGGUGCCGGAUCCGUAUGAGUCGUCCAGGAACUUCGCGGUGCUAUGUGCCGCCACCGGCUGUAACCACCUCGACUGCAGUCACGGCCCCUUCCUCGUGGUCGUCGUGGUAGUUGGCCGCAGCCGCAGGGAGACUAUAGUUCAAGGGGUAAUUUGA